AUGUCUGCCAACGGGGAGUUUCAUGACUUCAAGAAGAAGGUCUUGAAAGCAAGUUUGGAAGAAAUAGACGCACAGGCGAAGCAUGCGCAGACUAUGUGGAACUUCCUCAUCGCCUUCGCGGGCAAGAAGCCCCACUUCCGGUCCUUGAUCAUUCAGGUCUUUCACAAGCUCAUGCAAGUCCCCAGUUGGGUGGCUGCAUGGGAAGCCGAUUCAGAGCUGCACAAGCAAGUCCAAACCCUGCACGAGGACGAUCUGCAAUCAGCCCUGGGAGCGCAGCAUGAGGCCUUGAAGAAGUCCAUCGCGCCCUCGGCACUGAAGUCGGUGACUUUGGUGAAGCCCGAAGAACAGCCAGAGGAGGUGCGACUGGCUAUGGAAAGAGAGCGGAUGAUAGAUGCCAUCAAGGAGGAGGACGAGGAAGACGAGCCUGAGGAUGAGCCAGCUGAUAAGCCAGGACCGGGACUAGCUGCUUUGGAGGAAGGCAUUGAUGCAGUGGCUGGCAUCGACGAGCCUGCCAAGAUGGACUCCGGGGGCAUCCCUGCGUUGAACAAGCUCCGCAUCGGCUGCAUCCGCUGUGCUGGUGAGGAAGAGAGCUUUCUACAAGAGGUGGAGCAUGCGCCCAACGUGUUUAACUUCCUGUUCAGCUUGAUCAAGCAGAAACCUAGUGCGAUUCAGGGUGUGGCCGAGGUCAUGAACCAGCUGAUGGCCAGCCAAAGCUGGGGCUCCGUCAUGGAGAAGAAUCGACUUUUGCAGGAGAUCGUCUGA